CUUUUACGUCAUCACUACUGACCGGAAGUGCUUAACGAUGUCAAACCCGAGCAACUGAUUGUUAUUCUCACGAUGUUUUGAAGAUUUUCUUCAAAUUUCGGAUUUUUUUUAAUCAUUUUUAUUCAUCUCCCAAAACACUGAACGUUUAUUGAAACGUGCUGUAGAACGCUUUAUCGUUUACCAUGUCGAAUCGCAUCGCUUUCCAGACGCAGUUAGCUUCCAUUAUGGAGGUGCUGGCUAAUGCUGCGGUGGCUGAGAUAUGUAAACUCGUUGACGACGACUACGCGAUUAUAAACUUACAGAUGACUCAAUGUCAGCGUGAAAACAAAUCGCUGAAGAGAAAACUUCACAUACUGGAGCUUAAGAUGGCACGAGGGUUUGCAGAGAGAAGGAUGAGUUCACUGAAUCGCACUAACCGAGUUCAAGUGAACGCCGCUUUGUCUGAGAAAUACAGGAACCAAUCUAACGACGUCCUGUAUGGAGCUCAGUUUAACACGGGACUGUGGAGAGGUGGAGCGACAGACUCGACUCCUCAGCAGGCUGUAAAUGAAAGUAACAGUAUGACAGGAGAUGCAGUAAUUUCAGAAGUAAACACCGUGCUGAUAAAGGAUGAGAUGUUUGAGGAGGACCAAACACAGCAGAGAUUGUUCAUCAGAGAUGGUGAAGUAACAAAUACUCCACCACAGACUGGAGAAGCUGGUUUUAGAGAUGUUCAGAUGGUGAAAGAUGAUGAUCAAGUCUCUGGGAUGCAGCUACCGACUUUGGAGGUCAGUGGAUCUGACACUGCGCUAAAAUCUGAGCCAGAGUUUGAGAGUGUUAAUGGGAUUUCACAAGAGCCCAUAGAAUUACAUGCUGAAGCAAAGUGUGAUUUGAAUGGAAAAUCCAGUCCUAUGAGGGAUUAUUUAAUGCAAGGGAGUGACAAUACAGACUUGCGGCAGCGAUCUUGCGUGUACAUGAACAAUGCAAGAUUGACUGAGAGCCAAUCCACUGCCUCUGUACGGCGUUCAGAGAUCAUAGAGGUUGACUCUGCGGAGGAGGGGGAAGAGAUUUCUGUGUGGGCUAGGAAAGUAACGCAAGAGAAAAGCCAGGCUCCACGUGUUUAUCCACAAUACGGGAGGGUGGAACAUCAGGAUAGCAUGGUCCUCUUGCCUUCCUCCAAUCCGCCUCUGGUGUCAAGUGGCUUUGCAGCGGUGGCAUCGACAUCUUCAAAAAUACAGGGCACGGACAGCUACCACAAUUUCAGAGAUGUCAGUUUUAACCAACAAAGAGUUGGUCGGACUAGAAAUGACAGAGUUCCUCGCGAAAAACUUUUUGCGUGCACAUACUGUGGCAAAGUUUUCAACCGCCCCAAAAAGGUGGUGAUCCACCAGCGGAUUCACACAGGUGAGAAGCCGUUCAAAUGUAACACCUGUGGGAAGUUCUUCUCAGAGGCGGGAAACCUGAGAAAGCACCAAAAAGUCCACACAGGAGAACGACCAUAUAGUUGUAACCAGUGUGGGCAGACAUUUGCCUGGAUACGGAACCUCAAAAACCACCAGCAGAAGAACCAUCCUGAUAUGUUUACCGCAGAAGAACUGCUUUCUCUAGGAGUCAAUAAAUGAUCACUAGAUUACUCAUAAGAUCAGUGACCAUGAGUGUGUAUUAUACCACUAUCAUAUCUUUUCUGGAUAAAGACUUUCAUUGAAAUUAUAUGCAUUAGGGCUCGACAUUAAGCCUUUUCAUGUGCUUGUCCUUCAGACAAGUAAAUCAGUCAUUCACUUGUCUGAGUAAAAAUAUUUGCUUGUCUGGAAAAAAUAGGAUUUUUGUGGUGUAAAUAUAAUUUAUUCUGAAGCAAUAUUCUCAUCAGUUCUAUCAGCUUUUACAUUUAAAUCUGCGUAUUUCUGAUAU